CAGGAUCUUCACCUCCUCCCACCACCUGCGACCUACCCGCUCUCCCCGUUUUCUUAUCAUGCCCCUACUUGCGCCGUUAUUUUCUCCUUUGGACGUUGAAUUCCCUGAACCCCUGUCUACUCAACGGCCGAUAACAAUUGCGGCAGCGCUGAAACCAUUCGAAGAGGAUGGGGGCAAAGACACCGUGGUUGAGGAAAGCAAAAUCCCGUCAGUGCAGCUUGAUAUGGACUCAAUAACGGAUACUGUUGCUGCAAGUAUGGCCUGCAGUCUACUAGGGCAUGUCCUUUUCCUCAAAAAUCAAGUUCCUCUGCCUGUUCCACAGCUGGCUCGGAUAGUAAUAACGGACAAGGCCAAUGCCCGCACUACGAAAUUGCGGUCAGAGUUACUGGAUUCCUUUGACACGCUACUGUCACAUCUAGGAACAACAUUCACGGCGCUAUCUACUGCAUUUGCACGAUCUUUGCCACAAGAAGAACGGUCCAAAACUAUGCAUACAAACAGGGCGUACAUGGCGAUCUUGAUGGGGCCCAGUAUCGGAUCUGCAAAGUCAAAAGUCAUGUUGGCAGUGGAUGGUUUGGAGGCCAAGGUGUGGGGCCAAAGGGAUGAUAUACGUCUGGCAGACGAAAGUGGAAACAGUGAGAGCGAUGACGAUAGAAGCGAUGACGAGGGUGGCGAUGACGAGGGACCCUCCGACUCGGACGACAGCGACGUGGACGAUGAGGACGAAACAGAAUCAGACAAUGAUGGCGACGACGACGACGGGACAUCUUCGCCACCGCUACCAUCAGCCUUCGCCGAAGAGCAACGUAUACUUCGGACUGCCGACAGACUACUCUCGCGAGCGCUUGUGUCAGCGGACUGUGAUGGAAAUGGAUUGGCAUCUGAGAUAAGUCCUACGCAGACACAUAUACUGAUACGCGCUCCAAGACGAUUUGUUCAUCCCGCGUGGAUACCUCGGCAGAAUGUUACGGCCUCUAUGGAUAACUUUCUGGAGCAGUUCCUUGGGGCCGCCGGGCAUGGGCCGAAGACUCACAAGAAAAAGGCCAAGAUCGAGGGCCUGUGGGUAGCAUGCCAAAAGCCGAGUACGGAUCUGGGAAAGGACGCGAAAAAUGAGGAGGACGAGAUGAUAUGGUGGAGUUGGGAUGGUAAGCUUGUAGGCUUCGCUGGUUGGUAAUGGUGUAUAUACUCACUGCAUUGAUUUGUGUACGGACAUCGAGCAUCAUUAUACCUGUAUCCAUAUACCUUUUUUACGCUAUAAAAUUAGACAAUUACUCAUGACG